UGUGUGAGUGUGUGUGUGUGUGCGGAAUUACAAUUUAUUCUGCUCCAUAAACAUGCAGGAGAGACUUUAACACCGCGGACUGGAGGAGAGAGAGAGAGAGAGAGAGAGAAUAAAGAGACUCGGAUUAAAGGAGGUUAUGGGAAGAAAUAAAGUGCACGAGGAGGAGAUGUGAGGAAGAGGAGGAUGAAGAUCCGGACCUCAGAACAACAUCCGGGAACUCUGUGGGAUUAGGAGCAGAGAGAGGGAAUAAAGUGUGUUGGAGAGACAUCAGUGAGACAUCAGAGAGACAUCAGAGAGACAUCAGAGAGACAUCAGUGAGACAUCAGUGAGACAUCAGAGAGACAUCAGGGAGAGGAGUGAGGAUGAGCUCGGGCUGGGAGGAAGGAGAGCUGGACUUCACACUCAUCUUCGAGGAGGAGCAGCAGCUCCAGGACACCACGGCCACCGACAACCAACUGACCUCCACAAACUGCCAGCCAAUGGGAAUCCUGCCUUCUCCUCCACCAUCCAAUCACAGGGCAGGCAUGCAUUCUCCGCCUCCCAGACGAGCACUGGUGAGAGAGUUCAGCGGGACGUAUGAGAGUCUUCCGGCCCGGUCAGUCCAGGUCUCGGAGUCUCGUGUUUUGGAGUGUCCCAGUAUUCAGAUCACCACCAUUUCUCCUGACGAUGAUUUUACCCCAGAAGGGGGAACUUACUGGGACAGAGACCGUCUCUACUUGCCUCUGCUCGACCCCUUUGGUUAUCGGGACAGCAGUAUGGGGGCGGGGUCUUUGAGCCCUAGUCCUGCCUCCAGCCCAUCCUCUCGUGGUUGGCUAAGCCCUGCAUCGAGCUGUGACUCUCUGCUGGUGGAAGAUGAGGAACUUAGCGAAGCCACUACCCACUUUUGCCUAUCGCCGUCAUCACGUCCCACCUCACCCGGGGGCAAAAAACGGAGAAACUCCCCUCUUCCCUCACCAAGCCACUCCCGCAGGGGCAGCUACUCUGAAGACCCUGUCCAAUUCUUGGAGAUGGGAGACUCCGCCCCUCAAUCUCAGGGUCUGAUCGAGCUCAGUAUUCCUCAGAAGACCAGGAAGACCUCAUUGGAGCAGGUCUCCUCCCGAGACGUGGAACUGGAACAGAUUCCUGCCCCGAAUACCAACUGCCCACCCUCAGACCUAGGGCAACUCAGGAGGGAGCCUCCCACACUGGGGAUGGACUACCUCUCUGUACCGAACACCCUUGGCUGGGGGAGAACCCGCGCCAGCGCCCACAGUCCCAUCUUCAGGUCCAACGCGCUGCCGCCGCUCGAUUGGCCGCUGCCGUGUCAGUUCGAUCAGUACGAGUUGCGGAUCGACGUUCAGCCGCGUCCUCACCAUCGCGCUCAUUACGAGACAGAGGGAAGUCGAGGAGCGGUGAAGGCGUCGCCAGGAGGACAUCCUGUAGUGAAGCUGGUGGGGUACACGGAGCGUCAGCCGCUGUCACUACAGGUUUUUGUAGGAACCGCAGACGACAGAUCGAUUCGUCCGCAUCCGUUUUAUCAGAUCCACAGGGUGACGGGGAAGAUGGUCGGCACAGCGAGUCAGGAGAGCAUGCAGGCUGGAACCAAACUGUUGGAGAUCCCUUUAAACCCAGAAACCAACAUGACAGCACUUAUCGACUGUGCGGGGAUCCUGAAGCUGAGGAACUCAGAUAUCGAGCUGAGGAAAGGAGAGACAGACGUCGGGAGGAAGAACACUCGCGUGCGAUUGGUCUUCAGGACUCACCUGCCUUUAGCUCCGCCCCUUGGCCCACCUGGCCGAGUGUUAGCGCUGCAGGUGGCGUCUCAGCCCAUAGAGUGCUCUCAGCGCUCAGCUCAGGAGUUACCCAUCAUCGAGUCCAUCAGUGUCACUUCCUGUUUGGCUGAAGGAGGGGCGGAGCUUCUCGUUCAUGGCAGCAACUUCCUGCCCACCUCCAGGGUGCUGUUUAUGGAGCGAGGGACAGAUGGUAAACUGCAAUGGGAGGAAGAGGCUCAUGUGGACCGUGACAAAAGCACAGAGAAUGUGUUGUGUGUACGUGUGCCAGCCUACAGUGAUGUGUGUGUGAGUCAGCCGGUGUGUGUGUGCCUGUAUGUGUCCAACGGCAAGCGCAAGAGGAGCAGCACACACUGCUUUAAAUACCUACCCAUGCUGUGUAAAGAGGAAGACCCUCUGUUGUCUCGUCCGUCUCUCUUGCUGUUGGAUGGAGUGAUGUCGUUGUGCCCGCCCCCUCACCCUCCUGAGUACCCGUACAGCACGCCAGGGGGGUACCACCACCACCACCACCACCAGCACCACCAUCAGCACCACCACCAGCAGGAGUUCUGCCCCCUGCCCGAGACGUCGGAGGACAGGGUGGCGGUGUCCGAGUGCGAUCCCUCGUUCCAGAGCCUGGAGUUGGGUUUCAGUGAGCUGCUCCCGCCGCUGUACCCGCCCCAGCCCUGGCCCGACUCUCCGUACCUGUCCUCCUCACCUUCCCCUUCUCACUCCUCCUCCAUCAGUCCGUUUCCCAGCAGCCCCGUCUCCACCUCCCCCCUCCCCCCUCCUCUCCUGCCCCAUGCCCCCCCUGCCUACCACCAGGAGAGUCACAUGACCUUCAGCAGCGCCCCACCCAUGCAGCAUAUCACGCUGGAUGAAGUGAACGAGUUCAUCGGUGAGGACAUCAGGACGUUUCACACAGACAGCAGACCUGCGUAACCUUGACACGCUGCUCUCCUUCACACCGCGACUGUAUUUUAUACGCACUGUUGUUCUAUCAACAAUAUAUUAUAUAUAUUACUGUAUCGUGAUUUAGCACAGCGGUAAAUUUUGUGCUAAAUCACGAUACAGUAACGGCUGUAAGUCCUGUAGAUUACAGCGCUGAGGUGAUUCUGAAUGGAACAAU